AUGACGGAGAAUCCAGGAGCUUCCACUUCAAGCGACGCCGCCGCCGAGCAAGCGCGGCGGCGCAAGGAACGGCGGGAGGCAAAGAUCAAGGCUGGCGGCUCGGCUCGACUGAACAAGAUCACCGGUAUGGGCGGUCGCAUAGUGGGAGACACGGAGCCAACAGCGACACCUAGUUUCGAACAGCCAAAAUCGACGCCUACCUCUCCCUCUCGCGCCCGCGUAUCCCAUGACGCUGAUCCCGAAGAAAUUGACAUAUCCCAGCACGAGUAUGCGUCCAACGAGACGUCGGCGCCGAUCGGUGCUGCCGCCGACCCGCCGACCCUCUCGGAAGCCCAGCUGCGGCAGAUGAUGCUCGGCCUCGACCGUGGGGCUCUAAGCAACUCGCCGAGUCCUGGCCCUGGCCCCGGUAUGGGAGAUGACCCCCUGAUGAAGAUGAUGUCGCAGAUGAUGGGUGGCCUGCCAGCCGGCUCCCCGUUCGCUGGGAUGCUCCCCCCUCAGCUACAACAACAGCAACAGCAGCAACAACAACAACAGCAACAUCAACGAAUCGAUAGCCAAACGGGAUUCUUCCGCCUUCUCCAUGCUAUUCUGGCUCUCAGCCUCGGCCUCUACGUUACCCUCCUGACGCCGUUCGCCGGCACGCGGGCCGAAAGGGAAGCCGCUGCCUUUGGCGGUGGCGAUACAGAAAACGAACACCACAAGCUCAUCUUCUUCUGGAUCUUUGCCACCGGCGAGGCCGUCCUCCUUACCUCUCGCUUCUUUUUCGACAAAGGUCGUCAGCCGCCCCCGGGGAUGCUCUGGACCAUCGUCGGCCUCGUCCCGGAACCCUUCAAGAGCUACAUCACUAUCGUCCUUCGGUAUGGGCAAAUAUUUUCCACCGUGAGGGCUGAUAUCUUGGCGUGCAUAUUUGUCCUCGGCGUAUGCUCGUGGUGGAAAUCAUAG